AUGUCAUCAUCAGUUCAAAGAAUUAGAUUACCAAGUGUUAAUGAUAUCUUCCCAAGUGUUGAUAAUCAACAUCAUCAUCAUCAUCAUAUUCAACAUUAUGCACCUCCAGCACCUCAAGUGAUGAAUACCGGAUUUCAAAUAAAUCCAAAUUAUAUUGCACAACCUUCAUAUCCACAACAACCAAUUCCAAUUCAAGUUCAACAUCAACCUCAACCUAUUGUUCAACAACCAAUCCCAUUUAAUCCACAAAAUUUCAUUGUUCCACCUCCACAUCAUCAACAACCAAUAACUCCAUCACAAUCUCCAAUCAAUUAUAUGUCUUCAAAUUCUACACCAUAUCCACAACAACAAUAUCAAUAUCAUCAACCACGUAUGAAUAUUAAUAAUGUUUCAAAAUAUAAGAUUCAAAAAUCUCCAACUUCAACAAGACAAUCAAAUGCAUGGAGUGCAAAUGAUGAUGAAUUAUUAAAAUAUUUAAAAGAAGUUAAAAAUUUAGGAUGGAGAGAAAUUUCAAUGUAUUUCCAAAAUAGAACUGCUAAUGGUUGUCAAUUUAGAUGGAGAAGAAUUGUGGCAUUAACUAAAUCUUCUUCAUCACCACCAAGUUCAUCAGCUUCUUCAUCUCCAUUACCUGAAAAAUCUCAAGAUUCAGAAAUUGAAGUUUCAAUGAGAUCAAAUUCAUUAGAAAGUUUAUUGAAUUAA